CUUGUGAAACUACAGAAGGCACAACUGAGGCACUCCCGAGGUCUGGCAAGAGCGAUUGUGCCUGUAUGGAGCAGUUGCCUCUGUAAAGAUCUAGAAGCUUGCUCCUACUUCAAAGAGGAAGAUCUGUGGGCUGUCAACUGGUGUCGGCAUAGAACUAUAUGUUAGUGGCUUUUCUUUAUGGUGCGUUUGACAUCUCAUGACUGUUAUUGUCUGAGGAUCUUCGGGAGGAAUGUUGGUUGUCACUGCUGCUAUUUUGGCUAUGUUCAACCGCUAAUGACGUCUUCUUUUAUUUGUUAAUUUCAUGAGCAGGUUUGCCAUGUUGUGCUUUUCAUUGGAUUCCUUGGAUUAGUAGGCUCGACUGCAUGGCACGACACCUGCGGUUGCAUUUCGCUUCAAGGAGAAGCAACACAGACCCUCUGUCAGAGAGCUGCAGCCAUGCCGAGGAGGCUGGGCUGACUGUUACCAGCCGUAGCUCCACCGAGGGCCUGGCGCACAGCUCUGUCCACAUGAAGUUGACUCCAGGACAGCUGGCCCUGGCUAUACCACCCUUGUCACCAGAGUACGGUCAUUUACAGCGGCACUCCACCGUAUUUAUCCCUAAGGUUAAUGGAAGCGGAGCGAGCAGAAAAAGCAUACUGCAGAUCUCUUUGCAGCCUUGCAAACAAAGCAGCGACGUGGAGAGCAGCACUGGAGAGGAUGGAGAGCUCGCGAGCUGUGAGGGUGGAAACGGGAGCAUGUCCGACGAAGGUUCCUGUAGCAGUAGCACGACGAGCGAUGCCGGUUACUGCAGCAGCAAUAGCAUCUCUGAACCGGACGUCCCAGAGCGCAAGGUGGCUCAGGAGAGGACCGUUUCACGGCGAAAGACGAGGGUACCCUUGCGUCGCUGCUCUUCUCUUGUGAUCUUUCCACAUAGCCCCUGUACGACGCCACCUACAUCCCCCGUUAGUCCAGUAGCAUCUCCCAUGAUUCCGCCACUCCCUCCAUCUGUGCGAAGUUCCUUUCAAACUUCUCAUCAGAUGCAUCUGUCUAGCACUGACCCAUCACAAGAUGACAUGAAGGGAUCCAUCACCACAGUAGUUAAUGGACUGCGGCUGUCUAAAACCAGCUGUACGUCAGCUGAGCACAGAGACGCCAAGCCCAUUGUACAUUUCAGUGUACCCCCGGAACAACCAUCAGGAACAGAACAAACGGAAAGACACUCCAGCGUUUUACUACACUUCGCAAACCAACGACCACUUCCUACAGGGAAAGGAAGUUCUGUCAAGACUAAGGUCAACGUUGACUGUUCUAAACCUCCUGAGGGCCCACAAUCAGACAGUGUACCAGAACCCCACAAGGUAAAGCUGUUCCGUAGCACCUCAGCGUGUAUGCUGCCAAGCGGAAGGUCGUCGUCGACUGAAAGGAGACACGACACUUGUCCAACAAGCAGUAAUUUGGAUAAACCCUCAAAAAAAGUUUCUCAUCACGUACUUCACAGAAGUAUCUCUCUGGAGGUACCCUGUGGUAACACGGAGAUAUCUUGUCAUGUUUUAAAUGCAGCACACAUAUACUCCAAGUACGGCCCUCCACAUGUACACAUCCUUGUAUGUCAUGGCACAGGUGCAAGAAUAUCAAACACUGUAAAGGAUUGCAGCACAAACGACAAAGAAGAUCAUGUUCCAACCUGCAUGGAGAGAAAUGCCACCACAAGAGAUGAUUUCCUCGGACAAGUGGAUGUUCCACUACAUCAGAUCCCAACAGAAAAUCCAAACAAUGAACGGCCGUACACUUUCAAGGACUUCCUGUUGCACCCGAGAAGUCAUAAGUCCAGGGUAAAAGGUCACCUGCGACUUAAGAUGACAUACCUGCCCAAAAACAGUGAUACGGAGGAUGACCCCGCUGAACAGAACGAGAAUCUGGAUCCUGGCUGGGAGUUUUUGGAGCCUCAUGAACUGUGUAGUCCACACCAGCCACACCAGCUGCCUGUGCUGCCCCCUGGCUGGGAGGAGAGGCAGGACAACCUGGGCCGAACCUUCUAUGUCAACCACGAAAGCAGAACCACCCAGUGGCACAGACCCACCAUACAGGAUAGUCAGAUAGACGAUGAACAAAGACAGGACACACACACCGAGUCUCAGCGCGCAUUCCUCACACGCAGACAAAUAUCUGAACAUGACGAAAACCAUGAGCGCAGAGAUUCGCCUGAGAGCUGGGAGAUCAUAACAGCAGAUGAGUCCACGCUCUAUAACAGCCACAGCGAGUGCUCGCCGCCACCGCCCCACUCUCCGAUGGAGUUCGCGGGAUUCUGCGAGGAGUUCAACAGACUGCAACCAGGAAGCGACAGACGCAUGUCCCUCACGCCACAAGGACAUAGCAGUCGCAGAGGAAGCGGGCAGACUCUAAUGGUGGAGGAGCAUCCAGUUCACCCUGUGUUAUUACCCACCUCUGCUGGUUUGCCUCCGGGCUGGGAGGAAAAGCAGGACAGUAAAGGGAGAAUGUAUUAUGUCAAUCACAACAGCAGAAUGACAACUUGGACACGCCCACUGAUUCAGUUCAUACAGCCGUCCUCAGAGGCGGCGGGUGGAGUCAUGACUCUCUCCCAGAAUCCCAUGGGCUAUGCUCCAUCCCUUCUGUCCCCGGACGUGUCGCCUCAGCACGCACAAGCUCACACGCCGGAGCACGCAGGGCUGAUGCCGAUAGGCUGGGAGGUACGCAGUGCGCCAAAUGGACGCCCGUUUUUCAUAGACCACAACUCUAAGACCACCACAUGGGAAGACCCCCGGCUGAAGGUUCCCAUGCACAUGAAGAGGAAAUUCUCCCUAGACCCCUCUGACCUCGGCCCCUUGCCGCCCGGUUGGGAGGAGAGGGUGCACAGUGAUGGCAGAAUAUUCUAUAUUGAUCACAACACAAAAACCACACAGUGGGAGGACCCAAGACUACAAAAUUCAGCCAUCACUGGUCCGGCUGUGCCUUACUCCAGAGACUAUAAACAGAAGUACGAUUACUUCCGCAAGAAACUCAAGAAACCAGCAGACAUCCCAAACCGCUUUGAGCUGAAUGUAAGACGGAACGCUGUUCUGGAGGACUCGUACCGGCGAAUUCUGUCUAUCAAACGACCAGAUCUGCUUAAGGCCCGUCUAUGGGUGGAUUUUGAGGGUGAGAAGGGACUGGACUAUGGGGGCGUGGCCAGAGAAUGGUUCUUUCUGAUAUCCAAGGAGAUGUUCAACCCGUAUUAUGGGCUGUUUGAGUACUCGGCCACUGAUAACUACACCCUACAGAUUAACCCCAACUCAGGUCUGUGUAAUGAGGACCACCUGUCUUACUUUAAGUUCAUUGGUCAGGUAGCUGGAAUGGCCGUUUAUCAUGGAAAGCUGUUGGACGCUUUCUUCAUUCGGCCCUUCUAUAAAAUGAUGCUGCAGAAGCCAAUCACGUUACAGGAUAUGGAGUCAGUGGACAGUGAAUACUUUAAUUCUCUAAGAUGGAUCUUGGAGAACGACCCCACAGACCUGGAUCUCAGAUUUACUAUCGACGAGGAGCUGUUUGGACAGACGCACCAGCAUGAACUGAAGCCAGGAGGCGCUGACAUCAUUGUCAAUGACAGCAACAAAAAGGAGUACAUUCAUCUAGUGAUGCAGUGGAGGUUUGUAGAUCGGAUUCAAAGACAGAUGACUGCCUUCAAAGAGGGUUUCUAUGAACUGAUUCCUCAGGACUUGAUCAAGAUAUUUGAUGAGAAUGAGCUGGAGUUGUUGAUGUGUGGGUUAGGUGAUGUGGAUGUUAAUGAUUGGAGAGAAAACACCAAAUAUAAAAAUGGCUACACCCCAAAUCACCCUGCCAUCAUUUGGUUCUGGAAGACUGUACUGCUGAUGGAUGCUGAGAAGCGAAUCCGUUUGCUGCAGUUUGUGACAGGCACGUCCCGUGUACCAAUGAACGGCUUUGCUGAACUCUACGGAUCCAACGGGCCACAGUUAUUUACCAUUGAGCAGUGGGGCGCUCGAGACAAACUGCCCCGAGCGCACACAUGUUUCAACCGGUUGGAUCUUCCUCCAUACGAAUCAUUCGAGGAGCUACGUGAGAAACUGCACAUGGCGAUUGAGAACGCUCAGGGCUUUGACGGUGUGGAUUAAAUGAGACUCGGGCUGCCACGGCAACACUGUCACCAUGGCGACAGCAUCACAACUGUCGGUUUUAAAGUGGGCAGCACACAUGUGCACAUGGCUCUGCAGGAAAUACGUGAGAAUGUCCAGUAAACUGACCUGAGAGCAGUUUUAGCAGCAGACAGGGUGAAUAUGGUGUUACAUAAAGCUGAUUUGGAGUCAUUCAGUUUCCCUAAUUAAGAAAAAAAAAUCAACAUAUUGAGGAUAGACAGAACUGUGUAAUGUGCUCUAUCACACAUCUGUUUGCUUAUGAUGUUUACAAAUUAACGUUUUGUAAUAUACUUCUGGAUACAGCUAUAAAGUAUGUUUCUAUGUACACUGUUUCUAAAUACCUAUAGAUUUUGAUCACAUCUAAAUAUUUUAGCAUAAUUUAGAAAUUGUGUAUUUCCGACAUGAGCUUUUAAUGUACACUUUAUAGUUACAGGGAAGGUGUGCACUAAAUGGUAAAAAAGGCCUUCUGAAAAUGUAUCAAAAUGCAGAAUACGAGACCAUUUUUUUAAUUUAUUUUUUUUCAUAAAUUCAAAUUUAUCCAAACAGGUCUUUUCUCAAUAUUUUAUCUUAAUCAGUUCUUCAUAUGACUACCUUUUACGUUUACAUUUUUUUUUUUUUUUUUUUUCCAGAAACCCCACUUUCUAAAAUCUAAUUGUUUGAUUAUUAUAAUCAAUCUUUUGUACUGGUUUUGAAGGUUUAAGCACUUUUCUAAAAACAGAGGUUUCAAGUCUUAUUGUGUAUAGAUCUAUCACCUCAGUCAAGCUCUUUUGUGACAAAUCAUUGCUUUAUAUCAUUUUUUUUUUAUUGUUUACAGCAUAAACACUGCUUAAAGUAAGCAUGUUUUAUUUCACAGAAAAAUAUAUCGGACUGUUAAAUUACAUUACCUUUAUUUGUAAUAUAAAACAAUUUGAUUUGAACUUUCUUUUAAUUGAGAAACACUAUGUCUAUACUGUUGUAUAAUUGCAUUCUGUUGCAUUCUUGGCUCUGAUGAGAGGGAAUUUUCAGAAAGUGUUUUCCAAAAGUAAAUUGUGUUGAUUUAAAUUGCCAUAUGUAUUUUUGAAAAAUUAAUUAAACAAAAACAUCUCUGCCCAUG